AUGACACACACCGCCGCCAAGAAGAAACGCGACGACCCCGCACAGCACCAACCCGACAUCGGCCAGAAACCCGUCCAGCUCCAGCGCAGAAGGGUCUGGCGCGCCUGCGAGGGUUGCAGACGCAAGAAGAUCAAAUGCGAUGGCGUCGAGCCCGUCUGCGCCCAGUGCUCCUCUUCCAACUCCCAGUGCACAUGGCUCCAGACCAAGGACAGGGCCGCCCUCAGCAGACACUACGUCCAGGAGCUCGAGGCAAGGCUCAUGCACAUGGAGUCGCUGUUCAACCAGAUAACCCCUGUGCUCGAGCAAAUGGGCCAUUCACCGGCCAGCCUCGGUUUGCCCACCGACCCGACGUCCGGCUCCUCGCUGCCCUCUCUCCCAGAAGAUCGAUCUGCCGGGACCGACGAGGAUAUGAAUGGAGGGCUCGAAACUUCGCCGGCCUUGUCUGAGCCCACCGUGAAGACGGAGGAUGACUCGAUCGACGUCUCCGAGUCCUUCGGACAGCUGACGCUCGACGAACACGGCCACAUGCGCUGGAUCGGCGGGUCUUCUACGAUGUCGCUCAUCCAGUGGUUCAAGGCACAAACAUCGUCCCCUCUCACUCGGGUGUCUCCCAUGGACGACGAUCCUCGUGCGCCCGGGCCAAGUGCCAACAAACUCUACUUUCCUGCUUCCGUCUUGUUCGGUAAAGUGCGCGCUUUACCGGGACCGGAGGAGGUCGAAUACCCCGAGCGCGACCUCGCUGAUAAGCUGGUCGAUGCCUAUUUCUCUCGCCUACAUUACCUUCUACCGGUCAUCGAUAAACCGUCCUUCAUAUCGAAGUACACCUACUUAAUGGAGAAUACCCGGAAUAUUGCCCUGCACCAAUCCGAAACAGCGUUUAUUUCGCUUGUCUUUGCUGUCUUCGCAUGUGCUGCCCGACUGGUAGACGAUCCACGCUUAUCCACCAGUGGUGAUCAGGAAGACGGCGGCAUGGGCAUGGUAUACUAUGAAAGGGCUCAGAUAUUACACUAUAUCAGCCAUGCUACCAUUCAAGUUACUCACGUGCAGUGCUUCAUCCUGAUGUCCUCGUUCCUCUGCUCGGUCAACUGCCUCCCGCAAGCAUGGCUUCUCAUAGGCCAAGCCGUAAGAACGGCCCAGGAUCUAGGACUGCAUCGGUCGCCGCGCAGACUGCUCUGCUCGCCGAUAGAGAAGGAGACCCGUCGCAAGAUAUGGUGGGGUGUUUACACGCUCGAUAGGAUGCUUGCAGUUGCUCUCGGCCGGCCGCUCGGAGUAGACGACGGUGAUUUGGACGUCGAACUGCCUGUCGACAUUGAUGACGAGCAGUUGCCGGAAUACUUCGCCGGCGCACUAAUCUCCAAGGAUCGCCCGUCCUUGAUGGCCGGCUUCGUCGCUCUUACCACCUUAUACAAGAUCGCCGGUCGCGUCCUUCGUCAGGUUUAUGGCAUCGACAAAUGCCGCGACAAUCUGGAGCCGGAUCAACGCCAGGAGCUUCAGCGAACCGUGGACGCGCUCGAUAAAGAGUUGACGCGAUGGUGUGACGAGCUCCCUCCCGUUUUCAAGUCGAAUCCGAUCAACGAACGCGACGUCUCUAUGGGUGCAGUGCUCUGCAGCCACUACUACUCCAUCCUUACGACCCUUCAUCGAAACUUCCUCCCGGUCAGGCGCGAGCAGCCCACGAAUCCUCGCUCUGUGGCGAAGGCCGUAUCCUCAGCUCGAGCCUGCAUACGUCUAGCCCCAUCGAUCAGGAACGUCGUGCCCUUGUCACACCAUCUCGCCUUCUUCAUCCAGCACCUCUUCAGCUCCGCUGUCAUAAUCCUCCUAUAUGCUAUGCACACUCAUGGCACCGCCGGGGCAAAUGUGGCGAUGGAGGAGGCCCGGAGCUGCCUCGGCGCCCUUCAGUCUUGGGAGGGAUACUGGCCAGGCGCUCGGAAAUGCAGGGAGCUUCUUCAAGACCUCACACAGACAGCGACGGAGGCGAUCCGGGCCCGCAACUCCACUGUUCCCGGUCAGCCGCCUAAUACCUUGGCUGCGGCUGCGGCUGUACCCUUGCCCGCGUCCCCACCUCUUGGCCCUGUGAGAGACCGACGGCCGUCGAUCACUAUCGCUGCAAAUGCCCAAGCCGCCCAUGCACGUGGCGUCGUUCGUAAUCGUCCGCGCCGCGAUAGAGAUAGGUCGACGGAUCCAUAUAUGUCGCGACGACACCAUGCAACCAGUCCGUACAGGGUAGACAGUGCUGAACGCGCUAGGUCGAGCUCACGCAGAAGAGGACACGAGGACGACGCUGUUGGGCCUAGUUCGCCUACAACGACCUCCUUCUCGCAGUCAUACAGCAACAUGCAUUAUCAACCGACAGGAUUGAGUCCGCACAGCUCGCCGAACUCAAUGCGCGGUCUUCCGUCGCCGACGAUGCCUGUCAUGGAGUCCAUACCUCCCCUUCCUGCAGCGCAAACCGUCGCGUCCAAUCUGACCGGGACGCCUCCCAACUUCGGUCUAUCUCCCAUGCACAUUCCGUCGCCUCCGCGGUUCGAUUACAGCACGUUCGCCGUGUCCCCCUCUCAGCCUAACUCUCGUUCACCCAGCCUUGCCAACGCCACGGCGACCACGGGCUCCACACCAGAACGAUGGACAGGACAGGGUCAGACCAUAACCGGCGGCGCAUCAGGACUGUACAGUGUCGAUCAUGCUGCGUUCGCGCCUUCCCGGGAUACCAUGGCCCCUGCAGAUACCACCAUACCUACCUUCGACACAUCAGCGUCCUAUAAUCUUUCGGAUGGCAUCGGGGUUGAUUUUCCCAUCACGCCUCCGUAUGCCUCGUUCUCGACGCCGGGUUUGCCUUUCCGCGGCCUUGACUUCAUCCGCAGUCUCGACUUUAGCAACAGCGACGCGUUCAACGAUGCCGGAGUCAGCCAACGGAAUUCCUGGCCUAUCAUCGACGGUUACGCUUAUGAUCCCGAUCUCGCCUUCAACAUCGGCGACUUCACGAACGAUACUGAUAUACAGAACCACGCUGCCGCCGGCGGGCCCUCGACCUAGAAGCCACAUUCAACCUUGGCUUGCUUGCGGGGCACAGAAACGAUUAUACCAACCAUGUACUUGUGCUGUAUCCAUUACUUAGUAGAUUACUGUAAAGUAAUGUAAAUGUUGAUGCUUUAAUCACGAUUCCACCAUGAUGACUGCUCAGGAGAGACUCCCGUUCCUCUGGUAUGGAUAAAGACUCGCAGGGAUGUGAACACUCCAGGCAUUACAUUACAUCCAUACAUUACAACGGGCCUCAUAGCCGGAACGUGGUGUCGUAACUAGCAGACAAAAAUACGACCCGGCGUGGCCACGCACAUCUACGGACCCUUGGGCUCCGGUGUGAGCUGCUUGAUGGAGCCUAGGUGAGCGCCCGCAGUGUUGCCUCUGAAUCGUUUCCUCAUAUCAAGUAGACCCCGUUUACAUUCGAAAGUUGCUUUCCUAAGGUCCUGACAUUCUUGGGGCAUCUCGCUCAUAUGAUUGCGUAGACAGUCUGAAGGGAGAUUCCCUUGCUUCAUGACGCAGUCGGAGUGUAUUAUACAGUCUUUGAAUG